AAAAAUCGCAAUUUGACGUUGUCACCCCUUUUUAUUCUAACCAACCGGCUCACCGUCCGGCAAACACGGGUCUGGGUAGCAUUAGAUAUCGGAGAUUCGGCGCUGACGUAACUAUACAUUGAGUAGCAUCAGAUAGGUGCCUGCGGGGCUUCAGGUCCUACAUACUAUUAGUCAUAAUCCCUUAUACUCCAACGAUACAUCCUCUUCAGGAUUCUAAACGUUCUUUCCUGUCCCGCUCGUUCCCAAUUUACGUUCCGUUCCCCUGAAUGCCAAGAUGAGUAGCUCAAACCAACCAACCGAAGCACUACCAGACCUACCUCUACCGGAGGGUAUUGUCUCAGAUUAUGUCGACUGUUCCGCAUCAUGCGGCCUAACAUGGCACGUCCUUAGAGCCGGUAAACCCGGCAACCCUCUCGUGCUGUUCUGCCACGGAUACCCAGAGCUCGCAUAUUCAUGGCGCAAAAUCUUGCCUCGCAUCGCCGAAGCUGGCUACUACUGCGUCGCCAUGGACCAGCGUGGAUACGGCCGUACUAUCGGCUGGCCGCGGCAUCAACCCUACGAUGAAGUCAACCUCGACGAUUUCGUGUUUACCAACCUCGUCCGGGAUCUCGUGUGUCUAGUCUACGCCCUAGGCUACAAGACAGUAUAUAGCAUCAUAGGUCACGACUUCGGGGCCGUAAGCUCCGCCAUGUCCGCACUCAUGCGGCCAGACAUCUUCCUCUCUACGAUCCAAAUGAGCCAUCCACACCACAAACCCGCAUUACCUACCCCCAGCACCAAGGCAGAAGAAGCGGCAAAGAAACCUGACAUCCAAGCCGACCUCGCAAAACUCAAUCCACCGAGGAAACACUAUAAAUGGUACAAUUCCAGCCCACAAGCAGCACACGACUGGGAGACCCCAGCACAAGGCCUCGAAGCCUUCUUACGCGGAUACUUCCACCUAAAAUCCGGGGACUGGCCAUUGAAUAACCCGCGCCCGCUAGAAAAAUGGGGUGCGCAGGAUUUGGCUGGUAUGCCGGAGUAUUAUAUCAUGCAAGCCGCGCACUCGAUGCCGGAAAGCGUAGCUUCGAACAUGGCAUCCACAAACCAGGACUUUCCCAAAACUAAGAGUUGGCUGUCGUCCCGGGAUCUGAAAGUAUAUUGUGAAGAGUGGACGCGCACAGGGUUUCAGGGUGCGCUGAAUUGGUACCGCGCGCAGACGGCGUCGACGCCGCAGAGUCGGCGGGAUAUGUUGCUUUUCGCUGGGAGGAGGAUCGAGGUGCCGUGUACGUUUAUUAGUGGCGCGAGGGAUUGGGGGAAUUAUCAACAGCCUGGUGCGAUUGAGGGGUAUGAAGACCCGGAUGCGGUUAAGGAGGGUUGUUAUAGGGGUGUGAGGUUUGUCGAGGGCGCGGGACAUUGGGUGCAGCAGGAGAAGCCGGAGGUUGUCGUUGGGGAGAUAUUGAAGUUUUUCGAGACAUUGUGAUGGUACGUGGUGUGUCGAGGUAGGGGUUAGGUCGGGGGUCGAUUAUGCGUUGAUUAGAUUUAGGGGA